GUCACAAUCGCGGACUUGAUCCAAAUCUCACCACAAGACUUUGAAAAGCGCAGCGCGCAAGCAAUCGAAGACAACAUUAACGCCAAAUAUGCCGACAAAGUGAUCCACCGCAUCGGCCUCUGCGUAGCCCUCUACGACAUACUCCAAACCAGCGAAGGUCUCAUCGGCCACGGCACCGGCAUCGUAAACGUCAAUGUCGAUUUCCGCAUGAUUGUCUUUCGCCCUUUCAAAGGCGAAAUCUUGAUGGGCAAAAUUCUCAGUGCGUCCGACAUGGGAGUUAGAAUCUCCAUGGGCUUUUUCGACGACAUUUUUGUGCCUGCCCCGGGGAUGCUCUUUGAUCCUGCAAAGUACAUCAAGACGGAAGACGGAGAGUGGGUUUGGGUCUGGGAAUCUUCGCCGGAGAAUUUGCUUUACUUUGAUGUUAACGAGAUGGUUCGUUUCCGUGUCGAGGCCGAGACGUGGACGGAUUUGUCUCCUGAGAAGCAACCUGCACCUGGCGAGGAAGUUGAAGUGUACAGACGCUCACCAUACGAGAUCACCGCGUCCAUGCAACUCAGCGGUCUUGGACCUGCUCUCUGGUGGGUAGAACCUGACGCGGAAGAAGAAGCGGCCGAAGAUGAAGGAGAACUGGACGGUGAAGCAGAGGAGACAAACGGCGAUGCUGUCGACGAGAUGGACGAGGGAGCUUAG